ACCCGAGCAGUCAAUCCCCCCAAGACAUCACGACGAUAGACUUCUUCCUCUUCGACACAAGGUUGUCUAACUUCAUCAAGUUGUCUGACAUCAUCAAGUUGUCUAACAUCAUCAAGUUGUCUGACAUCAUCAAGUUGUCUGACAUCAUCAAGUUGUCUGACAUCAUAAAGUUGCCUAACAUCAUCAAGUUGUCUGACAUCAUCAAGUUGUCUGACAUCAUCAAGUUGUCUGACAUCAUCAAGUUGUCUGACAUCAUCAAGUUGUCUGACAUCAUCAAGUUGUCUGACAUCAUAAAGUUGUCUGACAUCAUCAAGUUGUCUAACAUCAUCAAGUUGUCUAACAUCAUCAAGUUGUCUAACAUCAUCAA